AUGUUGCAGCAGAUGGCUGAGUUCGACGUGCGAGCGGCGAAGUGUACGGUAGCGGCCGACCGCCAGGCUGUUCAGCAGCAGGUUCAAGAAUUGUUUAGAAGCGAACAUCCGUGGUCAACACGCGAGGGCCCCGACAGCGUCGAUGAAGGGGAGCUGUGCACAGAGGUCAAGCUUCAGACACUUGCCCUGGAGUUUUGUGAUCCCCUGGACCGCUUCAACACCUACAUCAGGGGCACCCUGCGUGAGUCCGUGAUAGCCCAGAUCGGGAACGAGCUGGAGGUGCCCUGGCAGAUGUGUCUUGCGGCCUUCCUGCCUAUGAUCUUCUACUCUUCUGUGAACAUUCUCGGCUGCGACAAUGGGCCAUGUCUCGAAUCUGCUCGGCUGUCUGGCUAUAGUUCCGUCGCUCAGUACAUGGUAGUUCAAGCUGUUGGAUGGGCACUUUGCAUAGUGAUGGCCUUCCCGCUGACCUACCCCAUCCUUCUCCGCAUGGUCAAGCUUGUGUUAUCACACGGCGAUGGACCAGUACAUCAGGUUCUGGCAUGCACAUGCUGUCCGCUAGCGUUCGAGUACAGCUACGUAUGCGGCGGUUUAAUCUGGGCCGCCCUCGUCUCUUUAGUGGAGAGCUAUUCAGCUACUCAGCUGAUAGUUUUCCUCGUCAUCAUGGCAGUUUUGGCCGCGCAGGUCCUCUGUCUCUUCUGUGGCAAUUCACAUCACAAGCAAGCGUCCUGUCGCUGCGUGAGGCGGCAGGCCGCAGCUAGUUGA